UAAAUGUCUUGAAAAUAACUAUUGGAUGAUUUAGAUACUGCUAGCCAAUCAGAGCCUUCUACUUAUCUCAUAACAAUAUGGCUGAACAAACUGAAGAUCUGAAGGCUUUUGAAAGAAGACUCACAGAAGUUAUUAGUGGUCAUCAACCAGCUGCAAGAUUCUGGAGAAUUAUAUUUAUCUUCGUCACUCUGUGCACUAUGGUUGGAGCAUGGACUUGGUUAUUUGACCCUGAAACUUCACAGGUGUCUUUGUCACAGUCCUUGUGGAACCAUCCAUUCUUCACAAUUAGUUGUUCAAUCUUAUUGUUAUUGUUUCUCUUUGGUAUACACAAAAGAGUGGUAGCAGCAUCAAUAAUAGCAUCAAGGUGUCGAACCUUCUUAGCAGAAUAUAACAUGUCAUGUGAUGAUAAUGGUAAGCUAAUACUAAAACCUCGGCCUGCUCCAUGACAAGAGGACAUCUUUAAUUUGCCUCAGAGAAAGUCAUUUUCAUCAGUAAUUAGCUGGGUACGUAGACGUUUCAAGCGGCCACGUGCUAGAAGUUGACAAAUGGCCCCCACAUAUAUUGAAUUCCUUACCUCUUCACAAUGUGACAUAUACCCUUUGCUGGCCAAGAUCAACAGAAAUGUGUAUAAGGAGCUUAUGCUGUUAACUUAACCUGAAACUUAGAAUAUACAAGUUAAUAUUACUACACCAAUGUAACCUAUAUAUUUAUGUACAAGUAGGGCUUUUAUAAUUGUUUCAAGGCAGUUUAUUAUAUUCAUUAGAAAAUGACUUUUUGAAUGCUGUAUAGCACUAGCCUAUAAAAAAAAGUGUCAGUAUUUUAUGCUCCUUGUAAAAAAAAUUUUUUUAUCCCUAUUGGAUCUCAAUAUAGUCAAUCUUUGAAUUUAAUUCAAGCCUUGACAUUCACACUUCCCCCUUUUUUCCCAUCCCUUAUUCAAUAUGUGUUGUGAUGCACUGGCAUUCUGAGGCAGUUAAAGAUGGUUGUACACUACAAUAGAAAGAAAACUGUAAAUAUUGUUUAUAAUGUGUGCACAAUGGUGCAUGGUAAGCAAGGAGGACUAGUAGUUAGUACUAUGUUUCUGAGAAUUGUUUGAGUUUCAAAAGUUGAUUUUCAAAACUUUAACUCUUACUUUUUAUUUAGUUCCCUCUUUUGCCUAUUCAAAAGUACUGUUUCCUUCAGUAUUCAUUUCAUAAUGUUUGUUAUAGUGGCGUAAAUGUUUUCUUACGUGAUUCUUUUUAUUUUUAAUCUUUGUUGAAGAUUUAGAUUUACAUUUGAAUAAUGUUAACAAACAAUAUCAAUAUGUGUCUAUUUAACAUGCUCAUUUUUGUUUUCAUUUGCAUUGGUUUAGAAGUGAGAAUACAAUUGCAUGAUGCCCAAACUUUGAUUAUACACAUCUUUCUAGCCAUAAUUUGUGACCAUUCUUAGAUCAGUAACCUGCAGCAGGAUCUUAAUACUAAAGAUUUGUUGAUCAAGUUUA